AUAAAGACAUCUCACAUUUCUUACCUUUGCAAGUCAGUCGUAUUUCGUGCAGUGAGCAUUAAGUGGUGAGAAAAGUCAUGAAGGUGUUGCAUUUUCUGAUUGUGCUAUCAUACUGGCAAUUGUCCAGUGCCAGACUUGCCCCUCCUGUCCAUCACAUGAUAUCCCCACUUGUGGAACCUUGCGAAAUUAAAGUUUCCGGAGAUUUGGGUGAACCACAACCGUUAAUUCUCAACAGUGAAGCCACGGAGUUUGUUGAACCACAAGAUGCUUCUGGUGUGAUACGUUUAAACCCAGGUGAUGAGAUUUCACUCUUCUGCACCAAUGGCUUUGAAAAUCCAUCGUUAACCGGUGAUCUUGUAACUGCCACGUGUGUUACGGGACAUUAUUUUACUGUUCAAACCAAAUUAAAUGAAAUGCACUUCACUGAUGUCGUCUGUACGAGCUAUCCCUACCAUACGGCCAGGAAAAGUGGAAGAACAUGUGCCAAUGGGGAAGCCAUUGAAAUUGAAGUUGGUUUCUUAGUGAGAGGACGCUUUCUGGAACUCUUUCGCAUCUGCCAUGAUGAAUUUUCAGAGAAAACUCACUAUGUGGUUCAUUCAAUGCAUCAGGGCAAUGAUGGUUAUCAACGAUCGUUCCCAAGACCAUCUUGGCUAAGUUCAGGAUUCUUCAAUGGGAAGAAUGUCGAUCGAUUGUACACCAACGUCAAUCAGAAAGCAAUGGUAGCCCAAAUUCUAGGAUCGGACGAAUUGGCUGAAAAGUUUAUUCAACCCGUGGAUACAGAAAUUUAUCUAGCACGUGGGCACUUGGCGGCCAAGGUUGACUUUAUCUAUGGUGCCCAACAACGUGCCACAUUUUGGCUCAUGAACGUAGCUCCCCAAUGGCAGAAGUUCAACGGUGGGAACUGGGAGAGGGUCGAGAGCAGUGUCCGGAGGAUGGUAUCAGCACGAAAUACACAAUUAGACAUUUACACGGGAACCUAUGGGAUCAUGACCCUUCCUGACAUGAAUGGAGAAAACCAUGAGAUAUUCCUGCACUUCGAUGAGAACAACAACGGUCAAAUACCUGUCCCGAAAUUGUACUACAGGGUCCUCUAUGAGAAAUCCACAAGGCGUGGCAUCGUAAUAGUUGGUGUCAAUAAUAUUCACAUUACGGUAGAUGAGAUGAUAGACCAGAAUUACAUUCUAUGUGAGGAUGUUGCUGAUAAAAUUGACUGGAUUAACUGGGAUAGGUUCAAUGUCAAUGUCGGUUACAGCUACGCUUGCGAAUAUACCGAAUUUGCAAGUAUCGUUGGACAUCUUCCUCAUCUUGAAGUUGACGGUCUCUUUAUCGUUCUCAGACUGAAUAAACAAUCAAUUUACAAAAGCUCAGAUAGAAUACGAGGCCCUGCACCGGCCGACCCCGCCGGACCAUAUGCUUCGGGAACAGUCCUGCCACUAGAUAUUCCGCCCAAUCAUUUAACGCCCGUGCUUCACACAUUGGAGGCAAAGAACUCGGCUAGUCCGAAAGAAACCUUCUCAACACAAGCCUAUGAACCGGACGACCUACUUGAAACUCAAGGAGAAGAACUUCCAAAUCUGGAUGUGGAAAUGGAAGAAGUCGAGGAACCACCGAUUGACGUUGAACGGCCAUCGACGUAUGCCCAAUGUUCAAUUCUGUGGUUCAAUGUUGGAGAUCCUCAGCCACUAUUUCUAGUCCCGAACACUACACAAUUUUUCUUGCCCGUUCAUCCGAAUGGAAUAAUGCGUCUGAAUGCAGGAGAGCAAAUUGAACUCUUCUGUUCAUCGCACUUUCCGAUGUUCGGCACCAAUGUCCAAACGGUCUUUGCAACGUGCGUGAGUGCAGACACUUUCUCUGUGAACGGUGUUAAUCGACAGAUAUCAACACUAACCUGUGCGGAUUAUCCCAUCCAUACGGCCAGAAAUACGGGAAGGCAAUGUCAUGGGAGCGGUAGUCGAAUUACCGAAGUUGGUUUCCCAGUUAGGGAUAGGUUCUUCCAUCUCUACGACGUCUGCCACAACACUCAGUCAUCAGUUACGUUCUACACCCAUUUCUGGCUUCGACCUGGAAAUCAAGGCUUCCAACGAGGCUUCCCUAGGCCACCCUUUAUCCAGUACGAUCACUUCCCCACCGAUCUCAAUGUGAACCUUAUGUAUACUAGGAAUAGACAGAGGCAGACUAUUGCAGGGAUCCUUGGGGAUCAGGGCUUAGCUGAUGACCUAAUCCAUCCUACCAAUGACUACUUCAUGGCUAGGGGCCAUCUAGCAGCCAGGGCGGACUUUAUCUUUGGCAAUCACCAAAGAGCUUCAUUCUAUUUCAUCAACGCUGCUCCUCAGUGGCAGACCUUCAACGGUGGAAACUGGGAAAGGAUUGAGGAUGGCGUUAGGAACUUUGUUGCAGAUCGUAACAUUGAAGUUGAGGUAUUUACAGGAACAUGGGAUAUCCUACACAAGAGGGAUAUCAAUGGCAAUUUCCAGCCACUCUUUCUCGUUCCCGAUAACAACAAUCCACGCAUCCCUGUCCCUAAGUUCUACUACAAAGUUGUCUACGAACCCCGAACCACCUCAGCCAUUGUCUUUAUCGGCGUCAACAAUCCCUACGCAACGUGGCAAGAAAUCAACAAUGAAUAUAUAAUCUGCAAUGAUAUUGGUAAUCAAGUGAAUUGGAUCAAUUGGGACAGGGAUAGGCUGUCCCUUGGUUUCUCCUAUGCAUGCCACUGGAAUGAUUUUAUCCGUGUUGUGGAUCAUUUGCCCAAUCUCAGAGUGACUCAGCUUCUGAUAUAG